CAGCUUCCGCGCUGGUUGGACAUCGAAAGUUUGGCAAUUCAAUUGAGACCACCACACCCUCAGCCCAGCCCAGCUUCCGCUUGCUGGAAGUCAUCCACACCCCCCCAAACCCCAUAUCCCAUACGGAUACUUUGCGGAACCUCAGCGACAAGCGCAUCCUCGUUUCUCGCUCAUCAUCAUAAUAAUCACCGCACCUGGCUUGAUUGCCCCAUCACAACCCAGACCCCAAGAGCUCCUCUCAAGUGGAUGAUGGCUACUGAGGCCACCAGUGAGAAGCCGGUCGAUGUCUCAGUAACUGACGCUUCGCUCCAGUCUCAGACUACUGCAUCUACCGAACCCCAACCUCAACAUGUCCAAGAUCCCAGCCCGCCGACAGUGAACGGCACUGGUUCCCACGACGAGCCUGAGAAGAACAAGGCGGUCAACGAUAUUGUCGAUGAAGUCGUCAACUCGGCAGAAGUCAGUGUGAGCGGCGGCUCGGAUACAGAGGCAUCCACAUCCAAGCCAAAGGAUGGCAAUCACGCAUCGAGCUCCUCCACGCUCAAGAAACCCCAAAGCUUCAAAUCCGUUUCCGUCAACCGGUCCUUUCUGGGUCCCAAGAAUGCUGCGAAUGCCACCUCACGAUCUGAGACCUCAUCUCCCUCUUUAACCCCAGCGGCUCCCGCUGUCGCUUCUAGCUCCUCUGCGUCCAAGCUGAAGCUGGUCGCGAAGUCGGGAUCCAGCCUCGGGGGCGCCACCAAGACUAUUACAACAAAUGGCAAAGGCUCUGGAGUUCCGGACGGGGGUACCGUGUGGAACAAAAACAAGCCCACCCCUACACCCGAGACCAAGAAGUUCUCCGAUGAAGAGCUGAAGAAGUAUGGCAUUCACAUGGCCGACCGUUUGCGGCCAGAGAGCCAGAGUGGUCAGGCUAACUGGGCUGACGAUGAUGACGAUGAGUGGCAACCGGAACAAAUAACAUGGACCGAUGGUACUAGGAUUACAUUGGACAACCAGCCGACGCCCAACCCAGCACCUGCCGUCCCCGUUGUCACGGCCUCGACUGCGCCUUUGCCAAUCCCGACGACCACCAAUGUGCCCGUGCCCGUGCCGACUGACAAGCCGAAAUCCCCAGCUCCAGCUCUGACGAGUGGGAGUGCUAGAGCUUCGCCUUCCGUUAAACCGAGCCUAAUCACAUCUUCGUCUGGCAAGAGUCUUGUUCUGAAGGGAGUUCCGGAAAAGCCUACGCUGGUCGCCAAGGCCCCAGCACUGCCCACACCUGUCAAGUCGCCCUGGGCAUCGUUGCCGCCCGUCGAGAAAGCUUCACCUGUGCUCAUGGACGUAUCCGAUCAUCAACAUCCCCCAGCGCCGAUGCGAGGCUAUCCUCCUCGUGACCCCUCCCUCGGACAAAGCGCGACUCCUCCACCUGCGAAAGAGAUUGCGGCAGACGACUUUACGCGAUCACCUUGGAGGGACGGCCCCACGGGCGGGAACCGGGAGCUGUACAACUCACAAUCUGGCAGAUACGAACCCGUUCAUGAUCGCCGGGGAUCGCGGCACGACAUAAAUCAUCGUCAUCCCGCCUUGCUUCAGCGACCUAUGCAGCAGCAUGACCACCAGGGUCCGGCUGAGCCUUCGGCUGCCUUCCAAACCAGCAGGAAUAGUGGUCAGGACGGGAUGCCGUAUGGACGUCGUCGCAACUCUUCCAACGUCAGUGGUGGAAGUGGUAGCUUCGCGCACCGCUUAGGGAAGUUACAUGAUAUGCCCCCUCCGGAGCACAGCCUGCCUGCCCCGACUCAGGCCUCGCCUGCUCGAUCACAACAUGCUCAACCGUGGCAGCCACGACCCUCACCCGGCCAAACCCAUGCUGUUCCUCAGGCUGUUCCCCAAAACGUGACACCCGUCACUGAGGCCCAGCCAGAUCCUGCGGCCGCAGCCAUACCCUCAGAGGAUGAUGUAGAGUUGCAAAAGCGUCUCAUGCGAGAACGACGAGAACUGGCUAUCAAGCGAAGGUUGGAAGAAGAGGCAAACGAGGAGGCUGCUCGAAAGGAACGAAUUCGCCUGAAGUUGGAGGCUAUGGGUCCUGCGCCGGAACGGAAGAGCACAAAGAAGGACGAACCGAAGGAAGCUCCUUAUAAACGAGAUGGCCCACCAGCCGGCAUUUUCACCAAGGACGACCUGGCUGCCGCCGCCGCCGAGCGAGCUAUACAGCCUUCUGUCACGUCCCCGAAGAAGCAGGAAAUCUCACCCGCCAUGGCCGAAACCAAUGUCAACGGUACGCCGCCGCCUCCAACCCAGGCAGACAAGUCGCAGCUGCAAGUUGGGCGAGGAGGUCCGCCUCCAGGAAAUCAGACAGCUCAGUCUUGGCCCGAGUCCGCACGCAAGUCCACUGAGAGAUUGCCAUCCUGGGGCACUGGCCCCCAGCCUGGUCCGAAGAAUGUUUGGGCUGCCCCUGGAAAUGACCGCUCCCUUGGCAAUGGCACAUUCGACGCGGAUCUUGGACAAUUAGCCAACUCCGAGCCCACUCAACCAGCCAGCGUAACUGCGCGACCGACGCCCAUUGGGCCUCCGCGGAGCACCUCACAGGGCCAGACUCAGCGCCAUGAGCAGCAGCCUGGUCGACUUGCUCCAAUCGGUCCACCUGGCAGUGGUCGCCCUGGUGCUCCGCCUGUCCAUGGCUCCAACGUGAAUCGUCGCAACCUUUGGGCUACGGCGGACAUCGCCGCCGACGAUCGUGCAAUUCGUGCCGAAAAACAGAAGCAAGCAGAGGAGUACAGGAAGAAUCUUGAGAGUCAGGGCUUGAGCACUAACGAGGUGCAUCAUGGCGUCAGCGAAACCUGGCGUGGUGUGAACGUGGGACAUGACGGUAAACGACUUGCGGGUGAAGUACUGACGACUCAUCAUGGCGAGAGGUUGGAUCGCCCAGCGGCUCCUACCUGGGAAGCGCCUGUUUCGGGCUCCCAGCACGAGCACGCAAGAACUGAAGCACACAUAUUGCGUCAACAGCUACAUCGUCAGGACUACCGCGCUUCCCAUGGGCCGCAUGAUAGCUUGUAUACCAGAGCAGCACCCAUGGGCCCCGCUAGCACAGCUCCUCCCGGCCCUCCCAUGGUUCAGCCUCGUGCUGGCUCGCGCUUCUUCCCACACCACGGUUCGCGUGAUGUUCGCCAUGAAGAGAUGCCGGCGCCUCCGAGAUCGAAGUCACCCACUCCGCCGCCGCCCACUAUGGAUGGGCAUCCUGCCUAUGAUGGAGACGUCGCACAUCCGCAUGUUUCACUUCCCCCGACACGUCCUGUGGUUAAGUUGCCCCCGGCCGUGACAAGACAAACACAAGCCCCGAAACAGGCCACAACGCCGGUUGCUCCUAAACCUGCUACAUUUGCCGCAGCGGCAGCGGCAGCCGCCGCCGCACCCAUAUCUAGAUCCACAACCGCUGCGUUGGCACCUGGUCGCGGUGCAAACUACGGUGGUAACAUCCAGACAGCGGGUGAAAUUAAGAAGCAAGAGAAUUGGCAGGAAAAGAUUAACAGUCUCGUCCGUGCCGCUCCUGGGAAGCCGAUGUCGGUUGACUCCUCGAGCAAGUACGCUUUCGAUGCUCAUGCAAAUACCUCUGCAACCGUAUCUCUUCCGGCUCUUUCUCCGACAGGCUCAUCAUCAAGCGAAUUCAGUUCGAUCACCUCCAAGGAGAUGGCUGAGGAAUGCUUUGACGAACAGGAAAUGGGCUCACUUCCGCUGAUCAACCUCCCUCACGAUGUGCCACCCGCUCUAUGGCCCAACAAAGCGGCCGAACCCAAUUGGUACCCUCUUCAAACCCAGUAUCGCAUUGAUGCUCUGGGUUCUGAGUCUGUCCGCUUCCCUUACGAGAUGGUGAACCACAAGAGUGUCUACCGCGUAUUGACCCCUGGUAUGGACGAACCCAAGACAGUGCUCGCACCCUAUACUCCUCGAAACAGAAGCAACCCUCAACGUCAAGGACGGGGUGGUCGCGGUUCCCGAGGUGGCCAGCGUGGCGGUAGAGAUUCUUUCGGCGACCACCAGAAGACCCCCACAAUCUCUGAUCGUCCUGAGCGUCCUGAUCGUACUACCAGUCGUGGUGGUGGUCGAGGCAAUUUCCGAGCUCGAUCUGAGAAUUGGAGCAGAAACUCCUCUUCGCUCGCUCAACCCAUGCAAUCUUAGAUUUAUCAUUCUACUGCAUCAUGCCCGUCUAUGCGUUUUCAGUUCCGUCUGUGCGCGGCUUGGCUUCUCCAGAGAACUUUCUCUCUGAUACAAUCAAACUG